AUGGCGCCGGUGAAGCCCGCGGCAGGCCGGCAUGCGGGGAGUUGGGGGAUGCGAGGCGAUGCUGGGUCUCAGGUUGAAUUCAAGAAUAAAAAUGCAAAGCAGAGGCGGUGGCAAGCAAAUCAUCCGAAAGCUUUUGUGGGAAGCGUCCAUGAAGGACAAGGUUUUGCACUUCGGAGAAAGCUGAAGAUUCAGCAAAAUUACAAGAAAUUACUAUGGAAGAAGAAGCUCGCUCAGACGCCUCAGGAAUCCCAGUUCACAGAUCGAUACCCAGAUCACCUGAAACAUCUCUAUUUAGCAGAAGAGGAAAGGCUCAGAAAGCAGCGUAGAAAAGCUCAUCAGUCUUUAUCAGAAGAAAAGGUUGACCAGCCAUUCCCAGAAGAGCAGGGUAGCGUUGACGAGGUUUUGUCUGACGAACAUCCUCACCUUGAUCAGUCACCACGAAAAGAAGAAUGGAACAAAACAGUGAACUCCUUUACCACUGCAAAGAAAAAUAGGAAGAAAACAUCCAACCAGAAAGCACAAGAAGAGUAUGCACAGAUACAAGCCAAGCGUGCUGCUAAGAAGCAGGAAUUUGAAAGGCGAAAACAAGAACGUGAAGAAGCUCAAAGGCUCUACAAAAAGAAGAAAAUGGAAGUAUUCAAAAUACUUAGCAAAAAAACUAAAAAGGGCCAGCCAAAUUUGAAUCUACAGAUGGAAUAUCUUCUUCAAAAAAUACAAGGAAAAGAUUAA